AAUCGACAGAGACCCACAAAUUUGCGUGAUAUUAUAAUAUUUUUUACACGAUCGAUCUUAUCUAUUUCCUAUUCACAAAUCAAAAUCUUACACACCAACCUCUAACCUAGAUCACCUUCACUAUAAAACCCACCAUUUUUCACACUCUAGAGGUGACACUUGUUGUAAGAAGAGAGAAAUCCCUGAGAGAAUGAAGAGGAGCAGCAAAAGCAGCAGCAACAAUAAUCCAAAGUCCGACGCGAGGAAAGAUAGGAAAUCAGGGACUGGAAUGAGUGGAUCGCCUAAGAAAGGAGGCCAUGGAGGCAAGUUCACUUGGGCUGGUGAUGGCUACUCUAAUGCUGAGAUUGGGUUCGAGAAGGAAGCUGUGGACGUGAAGGACCCUAACUUUGAAGACCCAGAAGAGAUCCAGACUGUUUGACUACAACCCACCAUCAUCGUCGUCAUCGCUUAGGUGUCUCUUAAAAAAUGAUCUGAUCACGAUGUAGAAUGAUCCCUAGUUUUAUCGUUAUAUAAAUAAGUUUUAUUGGGAUCUUUCUUGUUUAUAUUUGCAAAAUAACAAUUCUGGUUGAGUUUA